ACUCCGCGAAAACCAUUAAAAAGUUAAUUAACAAGUUCCCUUUGAAUACAGCAAAGAUGCGCGCCCUCCUGUCCGCCAUUUUGCUGCUGUCGGCCAUCUUGCUGUGCGCGUCGCAGGCUCAGUAUCCGCGACCACGUCGUCCCGAACGAUUUGAUACCGCAGAACAAAUCUCCAACUAUUUAAAGGAGUUACAGGAAUAUUAUUCUGUUCAUGGUAGAGGACGGUACGGAAAGAGACAAAUGCAUAUAGCCGAUGCAUCUGUGAUCUUCAGAGAAAUGCCAUUCUUCGAAAACAAUUUGAACGACGACGCCAUGUUUAAAAACCUCGGAUACAAGUAAAAUUACAACAUUUCCCGCCAAUGACUAUCAAACAACGACCCAGACGGUCAUAAUGUUAUUUUAUCUGUGACUUCAAAAAUUAUCAUUGAAAUGUAAAUAUUUAUUUGAAUCCUAUAAUUAAUAAAAUAAUAAAUUAGCCAAAAAUAUGCCAAAUUAUAAAAUAAGCUUCUAACCA